GGUGCGCUGUGUCCCUCGGACACAGCGGAUCACCGAUCACGGAAAGAGCCGAAGAUGUGAGCUCGGUCAUGUGAUCAGCUGUGUCCAAUCACAGCUGAUCACAUCUGUCAGUGUGCCCUGAUGAUCAGUGUAGCCCCAGCAGCGCCACCUGUCAGUGUCCAUCAGUGCCUUGUGUCAGUGCUCAUCAGUGCCUCGUGCCAGUGCCCAUCAGUGCCACAUCAAUGCCACAUAUCAGUGCCUACCAGUGCAUAUCAAUGCCACAUAUCAGUGCCCAUCUUAGCUGCCUUUCAGUGUCACCCAUCAGUGCCAGUCAGUGCCACCUAUCAAUGCCAAUCAGUGCCACCUAGCAGUGAUGCCAAUCAGUGCCACCUUUCAGUGCCAGUCAGUGCCGCCUAUCAGUGCACAUCAGGGCCGCCUAACAGUGCCAGUCAGUGCCGCUUAUCAGUGCCAGUCAGUGCUGCCUAUCAGUGCCAUGUAUCAGUGCUGCCUUUCAGUGCCCAUCAG